CCAACCCAAAUACUAACCAUAGUUAAGCCUCAAGUUGUUGAUUUAACAAACAAAAAUGGCAAGUUGCACAGCCAUAUAAAAGAAACACUCCAACACCUUCACCUAAUGCCGAUGCCAUAAUCUAAGACGCACACCAACCUUCCGGUGCUCUUGCCUCGCUGUUGCUGUCGCGCGUGGACGCCAUGGACGGCAAGAGCAAGGGGAGCAAGACGAGCAAGAGCCUGCUCGGCAAGUACGAGCUGGGCCGGCUGCUGGGGCGCGGCACGUUCGCCAAGGUCUACCUCGCGCGCCCGGUCGCCGGCGGCGAGGCGGUGGCGGUUAAGGUUCUCGACAAGGCCGAGGUCAUGGGCACGGCGGGCAUGGGGCCGCGCGUCCUCCGCGAGGUCACGGUCAUGCGCCGGCUGCGCCACCUCAACGUGCUCCGCCUCCACGAGGUGCUCGCCACGCGCGCCAGGAUCUACCUCGUCACGGAGCUCGCGCCGGGCGGGGACCUGCUCUCCAGGCUCGCCGCGCUCCCGCGUCGGCGGCUCCCCGAGCACGCCGCGCGCCGCGUGUUCGUGCAGCUCGUCGCCGCGCUCUCCUACUGCCACGCACGUGGCGUGGCGCACCGGGACGUCAAGCCGCAGAACGUCCUCCUCGACGGCGACGGCAACAUCAAGGUCUCCGACUUCGGCAUCUCCGCACUCCCAGACUCGCUCCUCGAGGACGGCCGCCUCCACACCGCCUGCGGCACGCCCGCCUACGCGGCGCCCGAGGUGCUCCGCCGCAAGGCCUACGACGGCGCCAAGGCCGAUGCGUGGUCCUGCGGCGUCACCCUCUUCGUCCUCCUCGCCGGCUACCUCCCCUUCGACGACGCCAACAUCGCCGACAUGUGCCGGAAGGCACAACGUCGGGAGUACGAGUUCCCGGAGUGGGUGUCGCAGCCGGCGCGCCGUCUGGUGAGCCGCCUGCUCGACCCGAACCCGGCCUCCCGCAUCGCCGUCGAGGAGCUAGCGACGCACCCGUGGUUCAAGCGCUCCCUCAGCCUCGACUCGCAGCUCGGCGGGCUGCUCAACGGCCAGCCGGAGCGCGCGCUGGCGUUCCAGGCGCCGGCGAUGAACGCCUUCGACAUCAUCUCGAUGUCGCCGGGGCUCGACCUGUCCGGGCUGUUCGGCAACGGCAAGAAAAACAGAGAGAAGAGGUUCAUGACGACGGCGUCGCCGGAGAAGACGCUGGAGCAGCUUGGCCGAGCAGGCGGGAAGCUCGGGUACGUCGUGGUGGGGAAGAAAGGAGUCGAAUGCCUGCCGCUGGGAGGACUGUCAGGGCUCGCAGCGAUGUCGGUUGAGAUGUCCGAGGUGGCGCCGCCGCUGAUGAUCAUCGAGCUGCGCCUCGAGGUGGCCGACGGCGACGGCGAUGGAGAGGGUCCAGGGUUCGGGUGGGAGGAGUUGAGGCUGGAGUUGGGAGAUGUAGCUAGGGCUUGGCAUAGCUGCCACGAUUUCUGACGAGGUCAGGAGGUGCUUGUAAAUCACAAGGAGUUAAUCCUUUUUUGUUUCUUUUUUCUUUUUGGCAGCUUGGAGGUGCACAUGUGUGUUUAGUUAAUUUUUCUUAGAAUUAUGGUGCUGAAGAAAAGCUUGUUGUUCUUAAA